GUAAGCUUUGUGGAAGGCAAGUAACCUCUUCUUCGUUUGCUCUGGCCACCUAUUUUUUUUCCCCCUUCACCGUUCGUGCUUUCCUCCAAGACACAAGCGCCUCGCAAGCCGCUUCUGCCUACAUCUAUUACGACGGCGUUAAGCUGACUCGCGUUCCAUUUCCGGACGUGUUCCACUGUGGCGUACACGAACACACACUACUCAACGCAGCAAAAGAACGGCUCUUUUCCCUUUCCUCUUUGCACCACAUCUGCGAUUUUGUGUUGUUCCUUUUAUCGGUUGGAGCACCAUGUCGGUGGAAUUGUCCACGAAGAAGAAAGGGUCGGAGUUGGACCACCUGCGCCGCUCCCAGAUAGCAGAGGGCAUUCUGAGUGCGCAGGACCAGAGCGCCAAACAGCAAGAGCAAAUUGAUCACAUGGCAAAUGAAAACGAGCAGCUCAAGAAGGAGAUCAGCGCUGUUUCGGGAAACCACUAUGACUAUGUCAAGGCAGAUAAGCUCGCCUCGCUGCAGGCCGAUGUCGACGCCCUGGAGCGCCGGUAUCAGUUUGAAAAGAUGCGCAAAAAUGAUCUCACGAAGCGCUAUCAACUUGCCCGCAUUGAUCUUCUGCACAGCCGAAAGAUGAAGGGUGGCGUGAACGUGGAAAAGGAGCAGGCAGACGCGGUUCAGCGCCAAGUCGAGAUUCUCGAAAGCCGACUGGAUCAAGCCUUAGGUCAGUUUAACGACGCCCUUUCCUACAACAAAGAGCUGCGCGACCGCAUCGACGUCAUCCGUGAGGAGCGGCGUGUCUUUCAACGCGUACACAAGCGCAUGGAAGAUGACCUGAAGAGCAAGAAGCGCCAGAUGGCAGAGCACAUCGAAAAGUCGAACCGCGACAUGGACGACCGUGAUGCGCAGGUGCGGGAAGUGGCGCGGCUGCGUGCAGCACUGGAGGAGCAGCGCCAGACCUACUCGGACCAGCUGCACGACCUGGACACCGCCAUGCUGGACAUCAAGACGAUGCGCGAGGAGCAAACCGAGAUGCAGCUCGAGUUGGAGGCGCGGGAGUACGAAUUUGGUGAGCGCGCAAACGACCCCACCGCACCCCGCGGGCAGGAGGAGAUGCGAAGCACGACCGGCACAACGUCUGGCGCCGCCGACGACACCGUCUCCGUUGCGGGCAGCGACGCCGGGGAUGAGUCCACGAACGUGCUCCGCGUAGAAAAGGAGAGCGCAACCAUCACGAACAUUCUGCACCAAAUCAAAGAGGCGCUCAUGACAGAGGAUCUCGAGGAGCUGCGAGCGCAGUACGUGCACACCGGCGACCUGAACUUCUCGCUGUACAAGUACAUCAACGAGCUUUCCGCCAAAAAGGAGGUGCUGAAGGACAACACCCGCGAUCUGCAGCGUCUCUUGAGCGAAGAGGACGACAGCGAGACUCAGCACCGUACGCUCAUCAAGCGCCUGGAAGAGGAGCUGGCCGACACGGAAGGCAGGCUUGACGAGAUGACGAGCGCGACAGAGCAGCUGCGCGACAGCGUGCAACGAACGGCCGGCACUGCGGAGGAAGUGUACACGCACAUUGGGUGCCCGCAGAUGGCGAGCAGUGCUGUGGAGGGCGAGGAGCGGUGCACCGAGACGAACAUGAAGCAGUUCUUUGGCACCAUCGAGGAGCGCGCGACGCAGAUCCUCAUCGCCUUCCAGCAUCACCAUCAGGCCCACUCCUACUCGCGUUGUACAACGUCGUCGCUGCGUGUUAACCGGGACUCCGAGCAGCUCAAGGAUUCGGCCCAAGCUGUCGAGGACGAGGAGAACGCGCCGACGACCGUCACGACUGACUCGCUUGCGAUCGAGCGCGUCUCGACGACGGAGGACUGGGAGGUCGAGGACGGGUUAGCACCCAUGAUGCCGACGGCCCCCCAGACCGCCCACAGCGCCGUUAGCGCGCGCAACCUGGUGCGCAUGAUGGAUCUGCCCAGUGCCAGCCUCGGCGGUGGCGCUGCCGAUCGCGACAGUGCUCUUCAUGUGGAUCAAGACGACGAUCACAUCGUGUCGCACGAGGAUCUUCGCAAGCAGAUGGAGUCUCGUCUUGCGGCGAUGCGCGAGCGCGAGGAUCGUAAUCAGCAGCGCAAGAAGAAGGACCUGUGUCGCGAAUCACCGCAUAAGGCCAUUGCGCAGCAGGUAAAGGCGGCCAUUGUGGGCGGGACAAGUUGA